AUGUCCGGCACCUACAUGCCCCCCCGCUUCGCUCUCAGUCCUCAUGCGAUCGAUAUUGUGGACGCGCCGCUCGAGAACAUGCGGGCACCGCUGGAAGCCAUCGCUCAGUCACGUCCCCGCGACGCGCGUGGCCGCACGGGGGCCGUGUUUGUGUACCCUGCGCCGUGGCGCGCCGACGUGGAAGCCAUUGUGGCUUCGAUUCCGCGCCUCGGUCUCGACACCACGGCGCCGCCAGGCGUCUGUGGGCCGUUCGUAGCCAUGGAGAGCUUGCCGACGCCCGCCUGGAACGUGGCCGAGUGGUCGUUGCACGUGCAGCACCUUGUGGUGCGUGACGAGCCAUGA